AUAUCUUUUGUAGGAUUUAAAAGCUGCCGUAAAGAAAACUGUAGAUUUACUUGAGCAUCUUUGUUCUGCUGUAUAUCUACACACACUGUAUUUGAGCGCACUCAUCUGUAACGUUAAAGGGGGGGGGGGGUAUCAGAACAGAUCAGAAAGACUUUGAUUAGACGUUUUGUUUAAAAAAGACACGAGUAGAGUUUAAUCAUGGACAGGCCGAUAAGCAAGUUAUUAGAAAAGUUAAAGCUAACAGACUCGGGCAGUGUGAAAUUCAACAGCUCCAAGAAGAAGCACGACACGGCCAACAACUCCAAUAACAGCAACGCCAACGCUGGCAUCUCCGGAGGCAGCGGUGGGGGCAGCAGUCUGGCACCAGCCCCCAGCUCUGCAGCUGCCUCGCCCUCCAGACCCGGCCAGUUCUCGCUUGCCUCUGCAACCACAAGCGAUGCAUGUGUUCCAGCGAGUGGAAGAGGAGGAGGUGGAGGAGGAGGAGGAGGAGGAGGAGGUGGUGGAGGAAUGGGAAUGCCCCCUUCACAGCUCCUUACCUCACCACAGACUUCCUCCACGGGUGGCGUGAUACCAUCAGAUGGAGAGCAACAACUUCAUCCUUCCACCUUGGCACCGUUGAGGCGCCGCUCCCCUCAGCAGCGUGCCUCCUGUUACCUUGGCGAGGGCGUGGAUUCCCACCUGAGGCGUGAGUCCGGUUUGGGUCCAGAGUGUGAUGCUCUGGGGGCGUUUGGCUCCAAGGCGUCUCUGAAUCAGCGGCGCUACUCAUUGGAGCUCCAGCAGCUGGUGAGAAGACAGCAGCUCCUCUCCCAGCCGCCGCCACUCUCAGUCCCCCCGCCGUACCCAGCCGCCGCCGGCUAUGGCUCGGCUCCCCGGGCCGGCGGCCUGGCGGAGACCGGCUACCUGUCAGAGCCGGAGAGGCACAAGCGUCUCUCUCUCCAGGAGGCUCUGUUCUACAAGCGCCUCAGCACGGGCAGCGAACUGUGGGAGAGCCCGAGGCCGGCGUCCCUCUCUCACCCACCGCACCGUCCAUCUGAUGUGACGGGCGGAGGGGUAGGAGGAGGAGGAGGAGGCUUCUUUUAUCCCCCUGGACCAACUCUGAGCCCAUGCUCGUCUUUCAGCCUCCAGGAGUCGGUCCUGGUCAGCCCCAGGUCCAGCUUCGCCUCCAGCACGGCCAGCGGGGGCGGAGGGGGGAGUCCUAUGGGCAGCCGCUGCAGCAGCAACCGGACCAGCGGCAUCAGCCUGGGCUACGACUCCCGCUACUCCGCCUCCGGGGGUCUUCCUCCACAGCAGCAGUCCCCCUCCAUGCAGACAGGGGGGUCCGCAGCUGGGUACGGCGCUCCAGGAAGGCCCGGGGUGACACCUGUGGAGGCCUGGACUCAGUACUUGGACGGGGGGAUGCGUCCUCCUGCCCACGACAGCCGACACUCGUACCCCCCUGCUGUAGGGAGUCCGGCGGCGGCUUGCUACCAGGCUGGUCCGGAGUGGUGGGAGGAGCAGCGGGCAGGUGGAAGAGGCAAAGAGGGAGGCGUGAUGGGGGGAGAGAGGGCCAGCUACUCAGACCUGCCCGGGACCCGGUACCAGGAGGAGCUGACCCGACUCCUCCUGAGGGACGCGGCGCUGGAGGGGGACGGGCUCCUGGAGGGUCUGAUGCUGAAGGAGCACUCCAUGGCGCUGACGGCUCUGGCCAAAUCGGGCUCCACGGCGCUGGGGCCUUCCACCGCUGGGGGGCCGAGCAAAACUCAGGAGAGCCCGGGAGUCGGCGCUGGAAGAGAGACGGGAGAGAACCGGCAGGAGUUCUUUGGAACCUGUGUGAAGUGUGGGAAAGGUGUGUACGGGGCGGAUAAUGCCUGUCAGGCUCUGGACAGCUUGUAUCACACUCGAUGCUUCACCUGUGUGUCCUGUGGACGCACCCUGAGAAACAAGGACUUCUACAAUGUCAACGGCUCUGUGUACUGUAAAGAGGAUUACAUGUUUUCGGGAUUCCAGGCUGCCGCUGAGAAGUGCAAUGUGUGUGGCCACCUUAUUCUCGAACAGAUCCUGCAGGCUCUCGGGAACUCCUACCACCCCGGCUGUUUCCGCUGCGUCGUGUGCGGCAAGGCUCUGGAUGGGGUGCCUUUCACCGUGGACCAACACAGCAGCAUCUACUGCGUCGCCGACUACAACAAGACUUUUGCCCCGAAGUGCGCUGCCUGUUUACAACCCAUCUUACCUACUGAGGGCAGCGAGGAGAUCCUCAGGGUCGUGUCCAUGAACAAGGACUAUCACUUCGAGUGCUACCACUGCGAGGAGUGUGGCAAGCAGCUCUCCGAUAAGCCCGGCUCGCAGUGCUUCCCCCUGGACUCUCAUCUCCUCUGCCACUCCUGUCACAUGACCAGAGCGUGCGCCACACACAACAUUCCCCCUCACAACACACACUGAUCAACCCCCUGCCCCACCUCCACCUCCACCUCCAGCACCCCAAAAAAUUAUUAAACGCUGUCAUUAUCUUGUGCUUUUUUUUUUUUUUUUUUGGCUUUGUCACUCUCUCUUCCAGACUGCUGAUAUUAAAACAUUUCCACUGAUUCACUUUCAUUUAUUUUUUUUGUCUUCAGUUCCUUCGUCACAUGUACUGCCUGCUGUACUUCUUGUACUAUUACUGUACUCUAGUUAUAAGGGAACGGGA